AUGUCUACGGUGGAGAACUGUGUGUAUAAUGCUAAGAGGCGUUUAGGGGUGGAGCAAGCACUAUGGAGGCCUCCGGAGCACCCGUGGGAAAAACAAUUUGGAAGACUUCCGGGAAGAACAUCAAACGAUGUGAAAAAUUACUGGAACACGUACAUCCGACGUAAAGAACUCUCUCACACGAAAGAAAAGAACGUAAAGCAGAAAGAGGUGGAGACCAAAGUGAAAAGUCACGAAGUGAUAAGGCCUGUACCUCAAACUUUGUCAAAAACAUCCCCGUGGUUGCGAGGGAAAUUCAUUAAUAGUUCAAAAGUUGGUGUUAGUGAAGCAGGUGCAGAUUCAUUAGGGUCUGAGAAUUGGUGGAAAACUUUGUUAGAUGAUAAGGAAGACAAUGCACGUAACAGUAACACGUGUUUCUUUGGUGUGGAAGAUGGGGCACUAGACUUUUGGACUCAAGAGCUUACUUCAAUUGAUUGUGACUUUCUUGCAGAAGGUGGAAUUAAUUGGAGUGAUUUUCUUCUGCGAGAUUAG